AUGAAUUCAGAUAAUGGUAUAUAUGCAAUGGAUGUCGGUCAAUAUAUUGCAGGGAUCGAUUCAGAGUACAGUAAUAAUGGUACCCCAGUGAACAAUAGUAAUAGAGAGGGCAAUAACAUUGAAAAUGGGGAUACUAGUAUUGUAGGAACAGUUAGAAGGAAAAAAUUUGCUUGUGUGGAGUGUAGACAACAAAAAUCAAAAUGUGAUGCUGUGGAAAGGGCACCUGAUCCAUGCACCAAAUGUUCAAAGAAAGGUUUGCAAUGUAUUUUGAAAAAAGAUUAUAGAAGAACUUAUAAAAGAGCUCGAAAUCAAGCUAUCGAACAAAGAUUCAAAGAAUUAACAAAAACUUUGAGUAAUCUAAGUGCUGAUGAAAUUAUGAAAAAAAUUGAAGAAGAACAGAUGAAUUUAUUAGAUUCAAGAAAUUUUACAAAGGAUAAAGUUGAAAAAUUGAGGUUAGCAAAUUUAGAUGCUCCAAUUCAAGAAGGUCUUGAUAAAUCUGCUUACUUCAAUACAGCUAAUACUAAUCCAAAAGAACAAGAACAACAUGAUCAAGAAAGAAAAAAUAUCAUUAUAGAAUCAUAUAAAAUGACAAAAGAUCAAUUACAAUGUCAGCCAAAAUCUUUAGGUGAUAUUUAUAUGAGUAGUGAAGAAAUUUCAGAAUUAUUCGAAGAAUUUGCUACUAAAUACCAUCCUUUCCUUCCCGUAGUUGACCUUUCUAAAGGUGCUGAAAGAAUAUAUAAUUUGUCACCAUGUUUGUUUUGGGUAAUACUAUUAAUUGGUCUACGACGUAAAUUCAAAUCUGCUGAAUUAAUGAAAAAAUUAUCUGAAUCAGUAAAAUCAAUUCUAGCUGAAAUUACAAUUUCUCCAAUUAUAAGAUAUACACCAACCGACAAUGAAGAACCUAUAUUAAACGUUGCAUCGGUUUACUCUGUACAAGCGUUCUUAUUGUAUACUUUUUGGCCCCCACUGACAUCUUCAUUAAGUGCAGAUACAUCUUGGAAUACAAUCGGUACUGCAAUGUUCCAAGCUGUUAGAGUAGGUCUUAACGUUGCGGAAUUCUCAAAGGAAUAUGACACUAUAAAUUCUGAACUGAGAAAUGAAAAAGUACGAACAUGGAUUUCUUGUAAUAUUGUAUCCCAAAUAAUAGCAUCAUCAUUUGGGUUUCCAGCAUAUGUUUCAUUCGAUCAUACUGUAAUCAAUGCAACUCGGACUUCUUUAUCUUCAAAUACUUCAAACCAGUACAUACCAACUGCAAUCAAACAAAUGGCUGAAAUUGCACAUUUUGAAAAUGAAAUCAUUACUACUAUUAAUUCAAAUCCAUCUGAGACAUUUGGUUUAGUAGGUGCAGAUGAAAAGCAGUCUCUUCUAAAUGUGCUAGGUCAACAUUUGAAUCAAGUUGAAUUAAAACUAAAAGAAAGCAAUAUAGAUGAUAUAAGGAAAUUUCUAUUACUUGUGACAAAAGUUCAUUUAUUGACAUAUUAUUUCACUGACGCAACGAUGAGUGAUAGUGAUUUGGACAAUGAUAAAAAUGCAUUGAGUAGUUCACCAUUAAACUUUGAGUCCAAACGGGGUUUGGUUAAAACAUAUAAUGCUGCUAUUUCUUUGCUAUCUCAUGCAAAUAGAAUGUGGCAAUAUGAUGCCAUAAUUAUAAAAUACUUUCCUGGUGUAUUUGUAUUGAAUAUUUGGCAAGCAGCAUGUGUGGUUAGUAAACUCUCCCACUCUUCUUUGUCAUCUGUUCUGGAUGUUUCGAAAGGCAGAGAAGUUUAUCAAAAAGCUGUAAUGUUGACAUUUAAUGCCUCUGUCUUGAAACAUGAUAUGGCAUAUAGAUCUUCAGGUAUUAUGAGAAGUAUUUGGAGUUUAUUUUCAAAUAUGUCAGAAAGAUGGAAACAGGAGAAUUUACGCGACAAUGAACUUAUUCAAAAAGACUUUAAUUUAGGGCUGAUUAUUAAAUCAAGAAUGUCAGUAAGUGUAUUCUUUGACUGUCUCUAUAUUCUAAAGCAAAAAUGUGGGAUGGCGAAAUUGGAAAGAGAAAAGGAACAAAAAUCAGAAUAUUAUGAUGAGGAAGAUGAAGCCCUCUAUUCUAAAGCAAAGAAAGGCACUGAUAAUACUGAGAUUUUGAAAAAUGGAAAUGAUAAAAAGCUGCUAGGAUUAAAAGAUCCUGAAGAAAAAGCAAGAAAAAUUAUUAGAACCGUUCCAUUGGAUCCUCACCCUAUUAAUGCCAGUACUAUAAGCAGUGAAGGUGCAAUCGGGACACCAAAUAGUGAUACUGAAGGUUUGUCCUUGAAGCGAAUCCUAAAUGUCAGAUCGCCAUAUACAGGAAGAGUUAAUAACCUACCGGUAAGAGCAUCGACAACUUCACCUCAACUUAAUAGUUUUAAUAACAAAAAUAAUAAUAAUGGUGAAGUAUCCAAUAUUGAACAAAAAGGAUCGAUAACGUCAGCACCAGCAACAGUGACAUCAAUAGCUCAGGUCCCAAUGGAUAUAUUAGACCGUCAAAGAAUAAAUAUAAUUGGUGAUGUCCCUCCUUUACAGGCAACUGGAGAAACACCCUCUAAUGACAUAAAUACUUUAAUAAACCAGAAUUCUUCACAAAUUUUAAAGGACUCGCCAAAUUCCAUCAUGGGAUCUUGGGAUAACUGGGAAUCAGAUCUUGUUUGGAAAGAUGUCGACAUGUUGAUGAAUGAAUUCGCUUUCUAUCCUUCGUUAUGA